AUUUUCGAUUCUUAAGCUUAUUAAGCUUUUUAACGUUGAAGAAUAAGGUGCUGAGACUUUUAUUUCCGACAGUGGGCAAGCUAAACUUUACAUAAAGAAUGGUCAAGGCUGCAAUUUUACUGCUUCUCGUAUUUUUUUCAUUAGGAUCAAGUCAUGCAGCAGACAUAACCUGUACAUUUAAAACCGUAUCAAGCACAGAAUUAUUAUAUUUUGAUGUCCCGCAAUAUGCUUGUAACUUAAUAAAAGAUUUUCCGUCUAUCAUAAUGGCUGUUGAUAAUGUAAUUGGAGAUCAUAUGACGAACAAAUCAAAAGAUAAUGUGACUUCAUUAACGAUUGACAGCAGAAAAAUCUUCUUAAUUCCAAAUCUAGUGGCAGAAUUUCCUUCAUUAAUCUACAUAAAGAUGACUAAAACACCAAUUAGAGUUUUAGAAAAGUCAAAUCUUGAAGUAUAUAAAGAGAAAUUAGAGCACUUAGUCAUUCAAAAUUCAAUGUUGGAAAUUAUUUCUAAAGAUUCGUUUGCUGGAUUUACAAAAAUGAAAACUCUAGAUUUAAAAAACAAUAAAAUAUUCUACAUUGCUCAAGAUGUAUUUAACUCAUUAGCAUCCAUAGAUUAUUUAAUGCUUAAAGGCAACAAUUGCACUGACAUAAGUUCAAACGAUAUUGGGAACUACAUAACUGGGAAUGGAGAAUUUCAAGAUUUAUUGACGAAAAUUUUAAAUUCAACUUGCCACUUUUCUGACUUUGAGAAACUUUUAUCAAUUUAUCAGAAUGCAACACUCAAUCUUGAUUCGGAAGUUUAUAAUGCUCCUGGAAUAUCAAAUUUGGUAAUCGAUCAGCAAGGAUGUUUGAUUGAUAAAAUGGAAAAAGAGUUAGGUGAUUUAAAAGAAGCUACAAAUAAAACUAAAGUUUUAUUUGAUGCUGCGCAAAAAAAUAUUUCAACACUAAAUGAUGAAAUCAAUAAGCUAACCGAUGAGAAUAUAGAAUGCAAAUCUCACUUAAGUUCUCUUGGAACUGAACGUGACGAAGCUAAGACACAAGCAGAAACAUUAAAAACGGAAAUGGAAGAAUUGGAGCAAAUUGCUGAAAAAUGCAUGGAAGUAAAUGGAACUUGUCGAUACAAUACUGGUGAACUUGGUUAUACCUGCAUUGCUCAUAACAUUAGUGUUGCUAAAAAAGGAAUAGAAAUUUUAUGGACUGGAAGUCAAAAUCCACCUAAUCUUUCAAAUCGAAAUAUCGAAACUUUGAUCAUUAGAAAUUUAGAGGUUAUGUUUAUGCCUAGAAAGAUUGGUGAUGCCUUUAUCAAACUUAAAAAUUUAAUCGUGAAAAGCUGUAAACUUUCAAAACUAUCAGUUGAUGACUUCCUUCAUAUGGAAGAUGUUAAAUCAAUUGAAAUUACGCUUAAUGAAAUAACAUCUAUAGAAGCUGGAGUUUUUGUUGGACUUCCUGCUCUGACUUCCUUAGAUUUAUCGGGAAACAAAAUUAAAUCACUUCCAUCAAUGGUUUUUGCACAGUUGAAUGCCAUAAAAAAGAUAAUUCUGAACAAAAAUCAGUUGACGACGAUUCGAGCUGACUUUGUGUCAGCAACGAAUUCAAUUGAAUAUUUUAGUGCAACUGAUAAUCAGCUAAAAAAACUUGAGAGCUCCUUCGUUUGGAGAUUAAGAGCAGCAAAAUUCAUUGACUUUACUGGAAAUGGAUGCAAUCAAAAGUUUGAUUUAGUUUCUGAUAAUUAUAUAAGCUUUUAUAGUGCUAUAUUGACGAGAUGUUGAGUGUUUAAGAUAAAAAAUGAAAUAUGGAAAGAUUCACGAAGGUUUUAAGGUUUGAGAUAAUGAACUAUGUAAAAAAAAAGUUU